GCUAAGAGGGUGGUAAUGGAAAGGGGUAAUGUCCCAUGAGAGGAUGGUCCUGUGCCCUCCUUAGUACUGCUGUCCCCACAAACCAUGGGGGUUACCACAGGAGAAAUGGGGGGAGAAUGUCAAUGUGUCCCAUUACUGUCUGUUUAUUGCUCAGGCUAUUAAACUCUUAAAAUAGUCGCUAAAGUUCAGUUCCUCCAAGCCAGCCUCUGGAAGACUUGUUUUACAGUCAGGGAAGUAAAAGUCAGCUUAUAUGAUUUUUAUUGCCUAGUGUACACUACGUUUUCAUCUAUCUUCAGUUCCUCUCUUUGGUUUUCUGUAUUAUGUAAGAAUUUGCCUUGCUAUAGCAAGGCUGGACAAGGAAGAUGAUACCGUAAUCUGAUUUUAUGCUAAUGUCUUCUCAAUAAAUCUCCCAUUAAACAGAAAAUGAGAUUCAGUGAACAAAUAUAUUCGUUGUGUGAGGCUUUUAAAGGUGGUGCGCAAUUAGUCACGGUUUUACAAGAGGAAUGAAUCGGUGGUAAUAAAAAAAAUAACCUUUCUGGUUAAUCCCUGAAAAUAUAUUGAAAGUUCAGGCUCCACCUUUUUAAGGGACUGCCAAAAAAGAUGUGAAUUUGAGGUGCCUGUGAAUUUUUGCAUAUCCUAAACUUUGGUAGACUGUGAAUACCGAACAUAAUGUUAAAUAAGGGAAUGUGUCCUCACAAUGCUCACCCCUUAAUCAAUUUUACUUUGGCUAAUUUCAAAAGCAGUAGGAUAUGUCGAUGUUUUUGGGAGCUUGGUAUUGUCUAAUAUUUGAGUGGCUUAAAUUGGGUAGAAUAAGCAUAAAUGAAAGAAACAGUGCAAUGAAAUGCAAAUAUGAUAAGUAAUAAAAGCUCUUAAACAGCUUGUCAAUGGACAGUCAUUCCAACAUCACCACUAUUACUCUUUAAUUUGGGUUUCCUUUCAAAAUCCCACCUAUGGUAACAAAGAAUAGUUAAUAUAAUUCUAAAAGACAAUUACUUUUUACCAUGGAAAAACUUAGAUGAUGAGGGAUGAUAGAUUCUGCACCAGAAUAACUUGUUCCAUAUAUUCUGAAUGCCAGUAAUGGAAAAAUAAUGUUCCAUGAAUUUCUAUCAGGCUAUUUUAUUACUUAAUAUCAGAACAGGAGAAACUUUGCAAGUGCCAUCAGUUUUGCUGCUGAAAUUGUAACAUAGCAUCCCUCAUCGUGUAACAGGACAUUUUCGUUAUUAUUUAUUAUUUUGCUGUGGUAAAAGACUUCUUAGUUGGCCUUCUCUUGAUAUAGCAAUGAAAUCUUAGAAAACCCAGCAACUUACCACCCUGGAUUUUAUCCAGGUAGAAAUUAGAGUUCUGAAAGACUGGAUUUAUUAAAUAGUAGCUUUUUGGACUAAUGUUUUCUCAAGGACAAUUGGGGUUUGCUCAUCUGCUUUGGACAGGGGUUUGGGGCCAUAGGGUUUUUCCUGUAUGUUAAAAGUUGAGUAGUUCUAGUUCUUACGUGUGCAUUUGCCAGGAAGCCCUAGGAGCAACAGCUGUAAAAGCAGAUGAAAGAAAGCAUGAAUUCAGGAGUAUAUCUAUAAGCACAUCACCAGCUUAAAAUAAUAUUCUUUCUUAUAUAUGGUUCCAUUAGUGUCCUCCUACUUAAGAGUUUGAUUCCAAACUACAUCUCUCGAGAGGCAAUGGACUUUCAAACAGAUGCAAAUGACACUGUGCUUUUCCUAAGGUGCUGGGGUUUUUCUCCUCUUUUUUUUUUUUUUUUUGCAAGAUAAGCAAAGGUCCCUCUCUCCCCAGCUAGCUGACUAUUGCCUCUGUGGUUCAGCAAAAUGUGUCCAGCUGAUACCUGUGCCUGCUCCUUCCCAUUAGCUCUGAUGAUGCCCUCUCCUAUCAGCUUCACUUGCUUCUGAGUUUGCAGUAAAUGAACGUAAUAAAUCACCUUUUAUCCACAAAGAUGCAGGCGCACCUACCUGGUGCUCUUUGCUGUGGUACCUCUUCCUUUCUGGUUUAAUGCCUUGACCUUGACAGGAGGCUUAUGGAUUAACUCCUGAGAGGUGCUUCUUUUCCUUUUACCCUCAUUUUAAUGGCCAGAGAAAAUGGGAAGAAUGCAACUGAGUGAAUGCCCUCUUUCAUCUGUUUUGCUCGUGAGCAUAAUCUGCUAACCUGGCAGGCGCCAGGCACAAGUGGAAUUGCUGCCCCUAAGUAGAAACAAACUUCAGCUGCUUUGCAAGCAGUUGCUUGCAGUUUGCUUGUUGGCUUGAGGGAGGCAAGCAACCAAGAAGGCCUUGUCCCCCUGCAGAGCAGGAGAGCUGGACACGCUGCGGGGCCAUUCUGCUGUUCAUGUAAUGGGAAUUAUUCUUUUAAGCAGGGAUAACCUGAAAUCAUAAGGUUUUCCACCCACAUCUGAAAAAUACAUAAGGAAGCGUUUACCCUAAAACCACUACAACUGCAUCAUGUGGUUCUCUGGGGGGGGGACUGUGACAGGAGCAACCUCCAGAAGCCAACUCCUUGGUGAGACACUGAGCUGCCGGCUGGACGUUGGACAGAAGAGAAAGCUGAGGCAUUAACUUUGGUUGUGAAUGAGGUCUGUCCUUGGACGUGGAAGCUGUGGGAGAACUUUGAGGGACAUUGGGAAGUGGUUUUUGCUUUGAAAUCUGGAUUGACCAUGUCUCCUCCAGUCCCCUCGGACCUGGGCUAUGUACCCCCUGACGGUGGCUGGGGAUGGGCAGUGGUGUUCGGAGCCUCCAUCUCAGUUGGGUUCGCAUAUACCUUUCCUAAAGCUUUCACAAUCUACUUCAAAGAACUCCAGGCUGUUUACAGCAUCUCCUACAGCCAGAUUGCCUGGAUAACAUCCAUCAUGUGUGCUACCACCUAUGGAGGAGGUCCCAUUAGCAGUAUUCUAGUAAACCGCUAUGGCAGCCGACCUGUGGUUAUGUUUGGAGGCCUGCUGUGUGGCACUGGGAUGGUCUCAGCCGCCUUUUGCACCAGUAUCAUGCAGCUCUACAUCUGUGUGGGCUUCAUUACAGGAUUGGGCCUUGCUCUCAACCUCCAGCCAUCAGUGAUAAUGAUAGGGAAAUACUUUUUGAAGAGAAGACCCAUUGCGAAUGGCCUCGCUAUGGCAGGGAGCCCUGUGAUGCUUUGCACCUUGGCUCCUCUCAACCAGCUCCUUUUUGACAAUUAUGGCUGGAGGGGCAGCUUUUUAAUCCUUGGGGCAAUUUUAUUGAACUGCUGUGUGGCAGGAGCUCUCUUCAGACCCAUCGGGCCAGGCACAGCAUCAAUCAAAACUCAGGUGCCUGAGGAAGGGAAGGAUGCUCUGAAACAAAAGGUCACUGAAGAUGCCAUGGAAAUGAGUAGUCCCGUAAACCUGCCCAUGAAGAACAAAACAGAAGAGGAAGGAGAAAGGGACUGUUGUGAAAAAAUCAAUCAGUACCUUGAUUUUUCCCUCUUUAAGCACAGAGGGUUUUUGAUUUACCUGAUCGGAAAUGUGCUCAUGUUCCUGGGGUUUUUUGCCCCCAUUAUUUUUCUGGCACCCUAUGCAAAACACAUCGGCAUUGAUGAAUAUUCAGCUGCUUUCCUCCUUUCAAUCCUUGCUAUCGUGGAUAUAGUUGCACGACCUACCACUGGCAUCAUUGCAAACAGCAAAUGGGUAAGGCCACGGAUUCAAUACUUUUUCAGCUUCUCCAUUGCUUUCAAUGGCACCUGCCACCUUCUGUGCCCACUGGCUUCCAGCUACACGGGGCUCGUGGUCUACUCCAUCUUUUUCGGCUUGGCUUUCGGCAUGGUUUGUGCCAUGCUCUUUGAAACACUCAUGGACCUCGUGGGAGCUGCCCGGUUCACAAGCGCUGUUGGCCUAGUCACCAUCGCGGAGUGCUGCACGAUAUUGCUGGGGCCACCUAUUGGAGGAACUCUUAUCGAUACCUUUGGGGACUAUAAAUAUAUGUUCAUUAAAUGUGGAGUUGUGAUGGUCCUGGCAGGAACCUUCCUGUUCAUCAUGAAUUAUUAUAAUUAUCGUAUGCUUGCCAAAGAGGAAAAGGAAAGAAAGGCAAAAGAAGAGGAUCCUAAAUCUGUAAGGACAGAAAAUGAAGGUAGAAAUAACUGGAUCAAAGAAACCACACAGGAUGGGCCUGAGCUGGAACCUUUGAGAGAGGAACAAGAAGGACUAAAGAAGGAAGCGAAUGGCACAAGUGAAGUUUAAACCUGUUCUCAUGGGCGGAACGGGAUAUUACUUGUGGGUUGCAUAAGUGGGUGCCAGAUGUGAAAUCACACUAGGUUUUUAAAUUUUGUUCUAUGCUCUGCCAUGUCCAUCCUCUUUGUUGUAGGAGAAGACUAGAACAGAAACAAAUCUGGUUUCUUGUAAAGUGCUGGGACACACAGUG